GAUCCUUUCCCCACCGCCGGGAAUGAGGGUGUCUCCUGCCUGUUGGCUCUCGGCCUCGCUCUCCAUAGGUUGGUUUAAGCGGCUCCUGCACAAGCCCAAGCCGAGGUCAGUGGAGAGCAGCCUCAACACCAGCCACUCUACUUCCUCCUCACCUUCCUCAUCCUCUGCUGAGAGCUCCAGCUCCUCUUCCAGCACAAGCCUGAGCCGGUCCAUCCACCCAUCACCCAUGUUGGUGUCGGACAUCACGGCCUCAGGCAGCGCCCGCUGGGCUAAGAGCUAUGACGUCUGCAUCUGCCACAGUGAGGUGGACCUGGAGGUGGUGGAGGAGCUGGUGUCCUACCUGGAGGGCCAGCCCGAAAGCUUCCGCUGCUUCCUCCAGCUGCGGGACGCGGCGCCGGGCAGCGCGGUGGUGACGGAGCUGUGUGAGGCUGUGCAGAACAGCCACUGCUGGGUCAUGUUCAUCACUCCCGGCUUCCUCCAGGAUCCGUGGUGCAAGUACCAGAUGCACCAGGCGCUGGCUGAAGCCCCGAUGGCCAAUGGGCGCACCAUCCCUGUGCUGAAGGGUGUGGAUCGGAAGGAUUAUCCCAAGGAGCUGCGAAACCUCUACUACAUCUACAUGAAGGAGAACAGCUUCAGGCAGAUCAGGGACACCGUUGUGCGCUACCUCCAGGACCUGUGCCGGAGCAACGGGAGCACAAGUGAGUAG